AUGGCCAACUGUCCGACCUUGUGCGUUGGAGACUGGGAACUCAAGGGCCAUUUGCUUGAAGAUUCCCGGUUACUGGUACUCGUCGAGGCUCAUCAGUCCUGUUGGAUCAAUAUCGUCAUCGAGCAAACAGGAUGCCAAAAAAGAUGGAUGACUCUAUUCUUCGACUGGUUCCUCCGCCGAACCCAGCAGCCCACGUCGGACGCCAGGGCGAGCGAAAUGCUCCUUCUCGCGGUCUUAGGGUCAUGCCACGAGCGCUAUAAGCACGAGCUCCCAGAGUUUGGGAAUAACCUUUGCUUAACCAACGUGGACGAUGAUGGCCACCCGACAAUCAUAGAAGAGGCAGAUCCCGCCAUUGUCGAAGUACUACCCACAGCGGACGUCCUAUUUGGUAAAAAGGAAAUCCCAUUGCAUAUCAUACCGAAAUCCAAGCUACGAGUCCAAGCCAUCAACGGCACGUUCUUUCUUCCCCAAACGAGGCCCGUCUUGUAUGAUGGUGAGACUUUCGUGGCCAAGGGUCCAGCAUCUGCCACCAGGGUCCUCGACGAUCUCAGGGAAGCCGUGAGCCUCGUGUCGCUACAAAUGGCGAACACUCAUCCUCACAUCCUCCCGCCUCCGGUCGCUCUCGUGGGACUCUCCGACGACGAUAAGAGGAUCUGUGGCUUCCUUAUCCCAUUCUACAAGAAUGGCAACCUCGGUUCCUACGCACGACAACUCCGAGGUGUAGGCGAGCUGACUCCAUUUAUCCUACAGGCUUGGUUUCGACAGCUCGUUUCGGCCACCAAGUUCCUGGUCGAUGCUGGGACGUGGCAUGGCGACAUCAAGCCCGACAAUAUUGUCGUCGAGUCAUCGGGAGCAAUUAUACUGAUCGACCUAGCGGGGAAAUACACCACUACUUCUAUCGCGAGCCCGGAGCGUGGCAGUCUCGAAGUCCCAGUUGACUGGCCUCUGGCUUCUAUCGAGAAGUCAGAGGUCUACUCAAUCGGGAGGACAAUGUAUUUCGUUUCGGAAGGUAUUGCAAUGGAGACUAUCUAUAAUAACCCGGAGACCCCUCAGGCGUCCCAGACGUCUUUCAGCGACGCAACAUCAACUCCUGCCCAACUCAAGGACCUCAUCUUGUCCUGCGUUAAUGAGGACCCUACUCAACGUCCUAGCUUGAGUGAUCUCGCGUCGCGGUUGACAGGACGGCUGACAGGACACAUUGUGCCAUGA